AUGGACUGGAUUGAUUUCAGAAUGAAGAGGGAGCUGUUAGUCUGGCUUGAUUUUUCGCAGGACACUGUUGACACACUGAUGCGAUGUGGAAACGCUGCCGAGACCAGAAGCGUUCUCUCCGAUCGGCUUCACAUCGAACGCGGCACAGACAAAGCAGAGAUUCUCUUGGAUGCGUUCCAGGGGUGUUUGGCAUACUCAAAAGAAAAAAAGUUCACUUCUGACAAAAUCUCUGUAAUGCUGGGUAUUUUGAACCGCGUCCACAACUUCGCCUGCCAGACUUCAUUCGAAAAUAGCAAAGAAACCGUUCAAGUUCUAAGAGACUUCAUCCUCUCCCACGCAUAUCUCCGCCCUCCCUUCGCUAUCGAGGUCUUCACAAAUAAGGAAUCGCAGCAAGUGCUCCAGUACUUUAUGGACACUUACAUUCGCCACUUCAAGCUCUACAAAUACGUCUUCACCUCACGAAUUGUGAUGGACGUCGCGCUCGAGUUCCCCAACGAGCCAGAGGAAGUUCCCACUCCAGAGCCAGAGUCUGAGAAAGAGCCAAUUGAUGAGGCGCUAGCAGAAGCGCAAAUGCCAGAUGAUGAGCUUGAAGAAAUCAUUAGAACCGCUGUGACAGGCAACUUCCAGGAAAUGAUGCGACGCUUCGAGAGCCAAAUCGAGGAAACCGUUCGCCAAACGAGAGAAAAUAUCGAUGGCCUUCAAAACAAAGAUCAGGAUGGCGAACUACAGAACUCCUCCACAACGCUUCAGAAUAGCGGAAUGUCUCUUAAUCAAUCGGAGAAGCAAAAGAAUUCGGAGUCGCCCGGGAUGCAAGAAGCGACAAACGUAGACGAUGAAAAUGAAGAGUUUGAGUUUAUAAAGAAAAGAGAGGCCAGGCAGGCGAAAAUCGAACAGAUCGAAGUUGCGCUCAGAGUGGGAGAUGUUGCUUCCCUCAGGAACCUGGCAAGUCAAACUGGUGGGCUGCUCGAAGACAGAUUAAGGAGAGAGUGCUGGCCACUGCUGCUUUCGAUCGACACAAACCGCCUCCCGCAAUGCGGAGAUCGAAAGAAAUUACGAGCUUCCAAACACUAUGAACAGGUGAAACUAGACGUCGACAGGUCUGUGAAACGCUUUCCCGAUCGAAUGCCAGAAAAACAAAGAAGAAGUUUACAAGAUCAAUUAAUGGACCUGAUUCUAUGGGUGCUGGAAGAAGAAGAUGAUCUGCACUAUUACCAGGGAUACCACGACGUAUGCGUUACUGUAUUGAGAGUCUGUGGCCUCAGACUCGGGCAAGUGAUUGCCAAGGAAUUAAGCAAACGCCACUUGCGCGACUAUAUGUGUCCAACGAUGGACCAAACCCGAAUGCUACUUGACUUUAUUAUGCCCAUCAUUAAAGAAGAAGACGACGAGCUGCACGACUUCCUGCUUGAGUCCGAUGUUGGCACCAUUUUCGCUCUGUCUUGGGUCAUCACGUGGUACGGACACGUCUUGGCCGAACACAAGUUCAUUGUCCGUCUCUUCGAUCUAUUCCUCGCUUCGCAUCCUCUCAUGGCUGUCUACACAGCUGCAGCUAUGGUUCUUCACUGUGCGGACGACGUCCUGGACCAGGAAUGUGACAUGCCGGCCGUGCACCAUACUCUCGUCAAUCUACCAGGAACGCUCGAUCUCUCAGGCAAUUUGGAGCCAAUAAUCGCCCUUGCAAAUACGCUCUUCAAAAAGCACCCUCCGUCUUACCUAGCGAAAACCAAAUAUGAAGCAUAUGAGAACUGUUCUCUUAUCAAAGAAUUCACUCACAUGGAGCCAACGGAAAGACUCGUGAUUAGGAGGAGCACCUCGUCUCAAAAAUUCAUUCAGCUUCUUAGCGCUUCCUUGACGGUGGCUGGACUGAUCGCCGUCGCUUACAACUACAUGAACGACUUCUUCACCUUAAACUUACUCUAG